AACUUUACUUCUAAGGCAAACUUACUGAGUUUCAGAAUGUAUUUCAUUCAUUUCGCAAUUCGACGAGCGCAUUUUAAAUGGUAUACAGCAAAUACCGCAUCAAGAAUCGGGAUUAUUGCUACCGGAAUUCUUACAUUCGUCGUGAUAGUAUUUACCUAUAUUCAGUGCAGGACAUUGAUAAGGGAAUCGUUUCAGGAAGAAGAAGUAAUAUUAAUAGAGGACAUAAAUCCCGUUGAGAUGCGGCAGAAGAUUAAGGAGAUGAUGCUGCACGCUUGGAGAAAUUAUGCCCGUUCUGUAUGGGGCGCAAAUGAAUAUCGUCCGAUUUCAGGACGCGUCCAUGUGGCUGGUGACUUUGGAGCCUACAAACUCGGAGCAACUAUUAUAGAAAGCUUGGAUACGCUGCAUUUAAUGGGUCUGAACAAAGAACUAAAGCGUUCACGCAAUUGGAUAGAAAAGUCUUUCAGUUUGGAUCGUGUUGAUGAAGCUUUGCCUGUUUUUGAGCUAACUUCCAGGCUGCUCUGUCCUAUGCUAACACUCUACUCGCUCACUGGAGAUCCCCUUUACAAAGAUAAGGCCAUCCAUAUUGCCAAUAAAAUUCUGCCUGCCUUCGAAACGGAAACCGGAAUACCCAGAAGACUUGUGGUUCCAAAGGAAGGCAGCACCCUCACAAAGUAUCUGGAUGACGUGUCUCGCAUUUCCGAAUUUGGAGCCUUGCACUUGGAGUUCUUUUACCUCAGCGAAAUCACUGGAUCUUCAGUUUACAAGGAUCGUGUGGAGGGAAUUCGACAGAGGAUAGCAAAAACCGAGAAAUUGAAUGGUCUAUAUCCCAAUGCCUUUUGCACAAAAUAUGGUAAAUGGGAAAACCACAACUGCUCGAUGAACCGAUAUUAUGAUACGCUGCUUAAGUCAUGGAUGCAAACCGGUAAAGUUGAUCCUCAAAGUGGUGAUAUAUUAAGGGACUUUCUGCUGUCUAUAGCGCAAAAUCUGGUUAUCAUAGAUAAAAAGGGUGUCACCUAUGUAACGGAGCUGAGAAAAAGUACUCUUACCCAUCGAAUGAAACACUCUGAUUGUUUUGCUGGCGCUCUUUUUGUCCUGGGAGCCGCAGAAACCUUGAUGAAUCACUGGGAGAAGUAUGCCGAGAUUGGCAUUGGACUAACAGACACGUGCCAUGACAUUUAUUGGGGUUCUUCAACGGGAUUGGGUCCGGAUCUAUUCGCAUUUACCGAAGAAAGCCAAAGGGAAAUAGUUCCCCUUCAGAGGAACUACUAUAUGUUACGACCAGAGGUCGUGGAAAGCUACUUGGUGCUAUGGCGACUGACUCAUGAUUACAAAUAUCGUGUUUGGGGAUUGCAGAUUGUUCUAGCAAUAGAGAAAUACUGCCGAAUACCCCAAGGAUAUACUGGUAUUAUGGAUGUUUAUAACAGAUCUGCGGAACCGGAUGACGUGCAAAGAAGUUUCUUCCUGGGAGCAACUCUCAAAUAUUUGUAUCUCUUGUUUUCUGAUGAUGAUGUGAUUUCCCUAGAAGAAUGGGUUUUCAACAGUGCAGGGCAUUUUUUACCAAUUAAGGGUGUAAAUUCAAUGUAUCGGGAAUAUAAUGUAUAAUAAUUUAUAAAUAUAACCAUAUAAUAAGAAAUUAUUCUUUCUGUUUCCAACAUCUAUUUAAGGUUUUUUUCUUUUAAUGCAGACAUGUAUAAAAAGGUUUUGUAAAUUACAAAAAAUUAUUUUCUAUUUAGCUGGGAACACACACAUUGAGCACACCUAAAAGCACAUACAUAAGUGAAUAAGUUUCGAACGUUGGCCCGCUAAACCAUAAAUCCUGUAAUCCCGU